AUUAAGAAAUAUAGAACAGAUUAUGAGAUUUUUAUCUCGUAUUCCCUUUCUUACAGUCCAAAUUCUUCUUAUUUUUUAAUUUAUUUCUGGAAUUUGGUGAUCGGAGGGAAGAUUAAUGGAUGUGGAUUUGCAGAAUAUUAAGAAAUGGGUAGUCCUUUACCCAAUUUACAUUAACUCGAAGAAAACCCUUGCCGAGGGUCGCCGGAUCAAUGCUGGUAAAGCAUGCGAAAACCCUACCUGCGCCGAGAUAUACGAUUGCUGCGUCCACCUCAAGCUGCCCUGCGCGAUUGAGAGUGAGAAGGCUUAUCCGAGGGAUUUUAUGCAAAAGGGGAGAGUUAGGGUUCUGUUGAAAAGGGAAGAUGGGAGCCUCUGCAAUCCGACCGUUUCUUCGAGAAAACAACUAAUGCUUCAUGUUGCGGAGUUGGUGCCUCGACAUUCGGGCCGAACCAAGAAGCAAGAGGCUGCCUCGUCGUCAGCAGCUGGUGCUACCAAAUCCGGGAAGGGUGGAAAGAAGAGGAGAUAGUUUUGUCACCUUUUACUUUUAUGUGAUGAUUAUCCCAUUUUGCUUUGCUUAGUAAUUUUUGCACUAGACUGCCAAUAAUUGAAAUUGAAUCCUAUCAGGAGAUUUUUUUUUUUAAGUUAAAAAAUGUGAUUGGGGUUGUUUGUUUUCUUGAUUUUCGUGGUUCCUGUCUUGGUUGACGAGCGUAAAAUUUGUGCCAUUAUGGCAUUAUGACAAAAUUGUUAGAGUAAAGCUUCAAAGUUGCCUUCUAAUGUUGUUUGGACGGUUGGAAUAAUAACUCUAUGAAUUCUUAUGUAAACAGCUUUUACGGUAUAAGUACUUAGCCAACAGAUGACAAAAGCUAACGUGUAAGUCAGCCUUUUGUGCAUUGAGAGUCGAAAGUAUUACAAAGAGUAAACAUUUUCAACUAGUGUUACAAACCCAAAUUCCGUACGAAAUGUUGCUUCUAGCAAUGAUCUAAAUGAUGCAGGUGAGUGAUAUUUGUUAUUGUAAGAACUGAGAAUCCUUAAUAACUUCGAACGAGUGCAUGAUGAGAAACAAUACUGGUUAUGAUCUUAAGGGAAGGAGACUGACUAAACGAGACCGUGACUUUUUUAUGCCCACAUAGUGUUGUUAUGCAAUCACUUUACUAUGCGUUCGUGUGAAAUAUCUUUUCCCGAUCGGUGGACGUUGAUCAAGGCCUUGAACAGUUGUUUGCUUGCCGAAGUUGUAUUUGGAGAAAGUGAUCUUUUCGUGUCGGAAGCUGGCCGAUUGCGCGGGAUUAAGCGAAAUGGUGAAAUCGAGCGCCUCCCGAUUUUUUCUUCGGUAAUAAAAAGGAAAGAACAAAUGGACGAGUGGUUUGUUAGUGAAGAACGAAAAACAAGCUAUUCAAGAAUCUAUUCAGUGUUUGGAGCAUUUUAUCAGUUUGUUUGAGAACACAGAAGCUAAAGAUGACCUUGAAAACGAGAAGGUUUUUAAUAAGUACCUGCUCGAUGAAAGCAAAUUGUGCAUCGGCUGAACAAAAUUCGCUGGCCCUUUCAUUCAACGACUUGUUGAGCUUAUCGGCCAUGGAGCCCAAGUGAUCAACGGUACUCACGAGAGCUUUUGCAAUGUAAUCUUUUGACAGUUGAAUCACACUUUGGUUGUGAUCGGUUUUGUUGUAGGAUGACUCGAAACGAUCUGCAGCCGAGUAAAGUUGUUUCCUCAGAUUCUUCAAGUCCUGGAAAACCAUAAUGGAAAUCUCCCAAGUGAGCAUUUGUCUAAAAGCAUCACAAUGCAUCAUAAAUUUUCUUAAUUAUGUAAAGUUUUUAAUU